AGUUUGUAUUUCAAUGGCUGCCAAUGUGAUUAGAUUCCGUGUGAGUUUUCAUGUGAUUUUCCUGUCUCCCAGCGAGAGUGCAUUGAUAGUGUAGUGUGAAAGUUUUAUGGAAGAUCCCAAUAAAGAUGGAAAUUGAACCACGAAUUGCGGUUUUGCAAGAUUUACGAUUGCAAUCAUUCGAUUCCAUUCGAUUUGCAUCGUACAGAACAGCAUCGAAGCUGCGUCACAUUCAGAAGUCCACCAAUUUACAUCUCGUGGAUAUAUGGAAUGUGAUUGAGGCAUUUCGCGAGAAUGGAUUGAACACACUCGAGCCGCAGAGUGACGUGAGUGUGGCUCGUCUGGAGACACUCGUCUCGUCACUCUAUCACAACCUGAACAAGCGUCUUCCCACGGCACAGCAAGUUCCCGUGGAUUCCAAGGCCAGCCUCCUGCUGAACUGGCUCCUGGCCGCCUACACCACGGACAACUCCGGCAAGAUCAAGGUGUUCUCCAUCAAAGUCGCGCUGGCGACAAUGUGCGCCGGGAAGCUGGUGGACAAGCUGCGCUACGUCUUCUCGCAGAUCUCCGAUGGCAUGGGUCAGCUGCUGCACUUCAAGCUGGGCGAGUACCUCAAGGAGGUGCUCACGCUCACGGCCGCCGUGUACGAAUCACCCACAUUUCACUACACGGACAACCUGGAGACGGAACUGUUCCCGCUGGACACCAAGGUAACGGUGAAUGACUUCAUGGGCGCACUGAUGUCCGAGCCCGGACCGCCGUGUCUCGUGUGGCUACCACUGCUGCACCGCAUGGCCAGCGUGGAGAAUGUCGUGCAUCCCACCAUCUGCUCCGUGUGCCACAAGGAGAACUUCACCGGGUUUCGCUACCGUUGCCAACGAUGUCACGCCUAUCAGUUGUGCCAGGACUGCUUCUGGCACGGACGCGUGUCACUCAGUCACCUCACGGACCACGAGGUGAAGGAGUACAGCACGUACAAGUCACCCAGCAAGCAAAUCGGCCACUCGCUGCGCAAGAGCUUUCGCUGUGUGCCCGACAAGCCAACGCAGGCCCUGCCGCGCUUCCCGGAGCAGCCCGAGAAGACGCUGAAUCUGUCGCACAUCGUGCCACCGUCGCCACUGCCCUCGCACAAUGGCUUCGCGGAUGGCGGCGUGAUGGCGGGCCUGUUCGAGCGCAGCAGCACACUCGACUCCAGGGCCACGGGGUGCUCCAUGGAGAGCGCGUCGCUGAACAGGGCGGCUGUGAUGUCCAAUGACGAGGAGCACAGACUGAUUGCACGCUAUGCCGCGCGACUGGCGCAGGAGAAUCGCACACCAAAUGCGCCGCCGGGUGAGGCGUCAAUGACAGUGGAUGGGGCGCGCCAGCAGCGGGAGCUAAUUGCACAGUUGGAGGCGAAGAACAAGGAGAUUAUGCGGGAGAUUGCGCGACUGAGGCGCCAACAGGAGGCGGAACAGAUGAAUCAAGAGAGUCCGGCGCUGAUGAACGAAUUGCGGGCGUUGCGACAGCGAAAGGGCGAAUUGGAGGGACACUUGGGCGCCCUGCAGGACUCCAGGCGUCAAUUGAUGGCGCAGCUGGAGGGAUUGAUGCGAAUGCUGAAGAAUCAUCAGACCUCGAGUCCCAGAUCCACGCCAAACUCCAGUCCGCGCUCUGGGAAGAGUCCUCCAUUGCCACAAGGUCCUCAGAGCGCAAUCACGAGGAAUUCGGCCCAUCAGACUCAAGCGACUGGAAUCAGUGGCAAUUUGAAUGAUAAUAUGCCACAAUUGACAUACUCUACAGCUCCUUCAAAUGGAACACCGCAUCUCAUAACAACUGCACGUCCCGUUCGCACGGAUUUACACUUCGCCGCUGACUCUGUGACUCAUGCCAUGUCUUCUCUGGUCAGGGAACUGAAUUCGGAAGGAUCAGAAGAUGAGACUACGAAAAAUAUACAAAAAACUCUAGACUUUGACGAUCCGCAGAAUUAUCAGGAGUGGAACGAGAAGGACAAUUCAAAUAGUCAGUGGCAGGAGCAGUUUGCGCAGUGGAAUUUGAAUAGCCAGAAGUAGAGAGAGAGACGCCAAAAGAUUUCUUAGCUAUUUCCCUUCAUGAAAAGCGUCUACAGUCGUGUGAAUCUCAUCAGUGGAUAUAAUUUAUAAGGAUUAGAGAAGCAUAGAGAGAAAAUGACAUUCCCACACGUGCAGGGGAUUUUCCGUUUUCAGUGUAUACAGAAUUUAAAAAAAAAACCAGAGAAAUACUUAAACUUCCCGACAGUACUUAAGUUUCUGAAACUUCUUGCAAUACCAGAGAAAAUGGCAGAAUUGUAUAGUUUUCCACAAAUUGUUACAUUUGUUAAUAAUUUUAAAACAAAGUUUUAAAUUAUCUACUUAAAGUAUUAAGCGUAGGGCCUAAUAUUAUAUGUAUUUGCUGAGUACCUAAAGAUGAAUAGAAAGUAGGACAGAAGAGGAUUAUUAAUUCCUCGAAUUUAGUGGCGCGCGGGUUAGUUUGGCGUUAAGGUGGAAGAAUAAGUACCAUUUUCUUUCUAAUAACUCUGUGAAGAUGUAGAGAAAAAUUGCGGAUUUUGAUACAUAAAAGAAGAAAAAAAAUGCUAUUCACAAACAUUAUACAUUCCAUUAAAUUCGCGAAAGAGGUUUGAAGAAUGAAAAA